CACAAGUGGGCGUGCUCGCAGGCUAACAUUACCAGUGUGAACUAACCUGUAUCCAAAUCCUUAUGAGUCCCAGAAAGAGUGAAGCAAGGAAAAAAAGGGCGGAUCCAGGACAUUUGUAGGAGAUGUCACUACCUAACCUUACCCUCGACUAGAAAAUAUAGAUUGAUGGAGACACUAGACGGCACUCAGCGCGAAUUUUUCAAAAAAUGUUUAAGACAAAAAUGUAUGCAAAAGAAAUGCCCAUUGUUAGCAUCUCAAACUGCCGGAUUUUUUUGUUGCCCUUACAAGGUUUCAGACUUGACACAAAGAUAAAAUUUCACUCUUCUCCUUUAAUAUUUUUUAUUUCGUCUUUAGGUUAUUAAAAACUGAAACAGAUAUAGGAGAAAGUAUUGCGAACGUGUUUCUUUUAUUAGCGCUGGCCCAAGCUCGUUUUCCACAGUUCCCCAAAUACUAAACGGUUGUUUGGAGGAGGAGUUAAUUUGCAGUCGAGAAUCCAUAAAUACGGACCAAAACUCUGAAGGCACUUUAUACGAUGUCCGGAUUAAGAGGGGUAUGUUUUAAAAUUAAACAUACACUUUUUACUGAUUUGAACAAAAUCGCAAAGACAAGCUUCAACAAACCACACAAACGUCUUUGAGAGAAAGGAAAUUGGUUAAAUACACUACUGUACUCAGUACUGUACUGUACAUUGCUCGAUCUAUCAAGUACAAAACAUUGCAUUCGGUAGAACUCUGACAUUCGUUGCCAAAAUAAUCAGCAAUUGAAGGGAAGUCUUUGAGGUAUCUCGACCACAUCGACAUGCAUCCUAAUUUUUUUAUGACCGUCGCUAAACGAAAGCAUUAUUGAGGGGCGUAAGGGGGGGUCCGAAAACCGCAAAACCGCACAGAGAAACAUUAAAAUCCGCAAUGACGCCUCGAAAUUUACCUUUAUUCAGAAAAACAGCAGUCCACCUGAUCUAGUAAAAACGCAGUACCACAGACUCAUCCAAAAUUACGCGAAAACACGUCACCGGAAACUCUUACGCCCCCCCGGCCUUAUUACCUCACACAUAAAGAGGUGUUUCUGGGGGACUCCCAUAUGACAGUGACGGUAAUGCUGUGCAGAUUUUGGUCUCACAAUGUUCAAGACGGAAAGUCAAUAGUUUUACCCAAGGGCUGUGAGCGAGGGAAAAGGCCAUAAGAAAAAGAAACAAACGCCUUUAUGCUGUGUUGGAGUAUGGUCUCCUUAAUGGUUCAGAUAAAGGCUGAUUCACGCCCAAAUUAGUCUACUAUAGGGAUCUGGUCCUUUCCGAAGAGCAACCCCCGUCUCUUUCGCAUCGGAGCCCCCCACCCCGCUCCCUGUCCGUAUUAGCAAGGUCAACGUCUGUUAAUUGGACAAGAGAUUAAAGUUCCGUCGUCCGCAUUAACGCUCGAGAGGCCUUAUAUGAGCAGGGGGGUUUAAUUUAUAUGCUUCCGAUACUAGUAGGUGAGGUUCAUUUAGAGACUAUAUCAGGGCUAUUGCGAUCUCCCAGGGAAAGUCCGUAAAAACGAGGCGUUCAUACUAAGAGGGUUCCUGUUUAUAGGAUUGGACUGAAAUCCAUAUAUGGAAAGAGGAAGAAAGGUGUAAUCCAAUAUACCUCUCAAAGUGUAUUCGUUGCUUUUAGUUUGUUAAUUGAAUGUUUUAUUUAUAUUGCUGCUCUUAUUGCAAGCAUCAAAGUAUUAUUGUACGUGACGUCUGACAGAUUUCGGUAACCUUACCAACCCUUCAGCCAUUUAUGGGAAGUUUCAGCCUUGAUCAAAGUUCAUUCAGGGAGUGGCACUAAAGAUUCCCGUUUCUUUACGUAUUUGUUAUUAUUAUUUUUUGAUGGAAUCGCCAUUAUACCGAGAGAGUGUUAUUUUCAAAGUUACAGUUAGAGUACGAAGCACGAAUUGAUCUAAAAACGCUGUUUUUGGAGGCCCUGUUUUUCGGGGUAUAAAAUUUGGGUACCGGUUUUGUAAUUGUCUCGAAACGUGGAAAGCCUUGUAGCGGAUUUACCUAAAGACGGACUGGAAUAAUCAAGUAUUUGGAACCGUUAUUGUUUUUUGGUACUAGUUCGGGGAUUUGAAUUAAUUUUUUCAUUUGGGAUUUGGCGUAGCAAAAAAUAGAAAUUAGUUGAAAAUUACUUAGAAAGAAGUCCCCAUCCUUCUAUCCACUAACAACGUACCUUAUCACUUUCUGUGAAGUCACUUAAUUUAGCAGAGAACCGACGCGAGACUCAACGCAUUUUUUUAACCACCGAACGUCUGGGUAGCUUUUCUAUUUCUUUUACUAAAGAAACUUGGAUUAGCGAGUACCUUCACGUGCUGAAAUUUACCAGUUUAGCACUUAAUAUAUGAGAACCACUUCAGGCUGACAGUUAAAAGAAGUCCUCAUUCUAAAAAGUUCCUAGAAUCAGAGAAAGACAAUGGUGAAGACUUAAGUGUGCUUUAAGGGCCAUUCAAGAACACACAGAAGACUGACAAAACAUAGAUGCAUGCAACAGCCGUAAAACUGUUUAGGUAGUAUUACAGUAUUUUUAUUGUUUCCUUUGCCCAAUUACAGUUAUUUGGUAAUGUUUAGUGCAAAGUACAAUACCUAUUACUGUGUUCACGUAAUUGGUAAGAACAUGUAACUGCCCGUUAACUACUCAGCCAUUAAAAAUGACAUUAAUAUAAAAAAAACAUUCACGGGUUCUUUUUGUGCCUUAAAAAACUGAAAUAUUCUCCUCUCGGGAAAGAUAGGGGAAAAAGAACAAGCACACUUACAGUGACAUAACCUCAGCAAAACGAAACUAGCGGAAAAACCGGAACUAGUCACCGACAUUGAAUAACCUCGAUUCUGAUGUUUUUUCGUAACAUUACAUCACUCAUACUUAUAACUUGAAGGUGCUUUUGCAUUGCAAAUUCAGUUCUUACCUAUAAGACUUGAUUAUAAAGUGAAACGUAAUCUAUGCUUAAAAUUAACGCAAAAGACUUAUGUUGUUGGAAAAGUUAGAGCAGGACGGACCUCGAAUGACCUUCACUUGCCUUGUUUAAUAAAAUUUGUCACACCUUGCCUCUGCCACUCCCAAGUUGCUCACUGUCUUACAGUCUUUUAAGCCAAAAAAACUUAACGUUAUUCAAAGAGGGUCUCUAAAAGGAGAUUUGUUUAAUUGCUCCUUUGAUUGUUGCCAACGAUAACUUUUCGUUUUUUUUUCGCUCAGACAAUUGGCUUUCACGUCACGCACGUCACGUAGAUCCCGUGCUUCUGCAGGGUCACAUGACUUUCUAAGUACCACCUCCUUUAUGUGUUCAUGCAUUUUGUUGUGCGUGGCAGCCAUGAGCGUUGAUAGUUUCUCCGCGCUUUACUGGGGACUCCUCGAGUUCAAAGUACAAUCUGCUCAGCUAUAAAUACAACAUAGAGGCUUACGUCUUGGGAUAUACAGUUUUUCGAAGAGAGAGGCCAUUCCCGUAGCCGUCAAUGUCAGACAAACUAGCGAAUGGUCUGAAGCAGGCCGAGAGCUCGAGCAGAAAUGGUAAUAAACAACUUGAUCGUUUGUUAUCUGUAGUAGAUCACGCACUCGUUAUUUAAGUGAUAGAGAAGUCUUAUAACCUCUCUUGUUUAAUCUUUGUUGCAGGAGAUGAUGGCGAAAACGGGGCCUGCUUGAUUUGUGGCGAUAAAGCGACGGGCAAACACUAUGGUGCGUCGAGUUGUGAUGGCUGUAAAGGUUUCUUCCGACGAAGCGUCAGGAAAAAUCACGUUUACGCUUGUCGGUUCCAGAGAGUUUGUGUGAUCAACAAAGACAAGCGAAAUCAAUGCCGCUUCUGCCGGUUGAAGAAAUGUUUCCGAGCUGGAAUGAAGAAGGAAGGUGAGACGUUUUACCAAACGUAAUCUUGUAAAGUUGUGUUUGCCCGUUCGUGUAUUGAUUGAUUGCUAUUUCGGCGAACUAGCCGUUCAGUGAUGGAUAACCCGAUAUAUGAUUAAGCCGUACAUCUCUUGAGUCUGAAUCUGUCAAGUACACGGUGGUAAUGUCAUUUGAUUCCAUCGCAAUCAAUAGAAAAUCGGUGUUGAAGAAAGUUUGUAAGGACAAGCACCGGAUGACAACCGUUAAGCUUAAAAUCUUUGCGUGUUUGCAGUUUGUUGUGAAAAUGCAAAUCACCAGAUAUUUUGUUCAUUGACAAAAACAUAAAUUAGUACAGUGUUAUGGACAGGAAAAGAAAAAGCGGUCGAAACGGUGCUUUUGGCUAUUGUAAGUUGAUCAGUUGUGUAAACAAAAAAUCAACAACACCAAACUCAAAUUUUUUACUAGGAUGCAUGUCCUGAGCAUCUUAUUAGCACUGUCAUACAACUUGGAAACUUACACGAAACUGGGGAAACAAACUUUGAAAAAAGCUUUAGUGAUAUGCCUGGGAUAAGCUUAUAUUCUUUGUGUGUUUUUAACAUGUCUGUUCAUCUCAGUGUCAUUGUUUGUGUAUGAAAAAUAUAUUCUCCCAAAAAUUAAGCACUCAUUAAAAUCAAUUUAUCAUUUUCCAGGUUUACCCAAUAAGUAAACAAUAAUAAUUGAGGGUAUAAAAACAAAACAAAGUAAACAGUCUGGAGUGAAUGACUUGGACAAGUCCCUCAAGGGGAAAAUAGUGAAUGGGGUCCAUUUCUUAAAAUUGUUCAAUCAUGAUCAAAAGUAGCCUGCAAAAACAUCCGUUUCUCGUCGCUAAAAGAAUUCAAGAUAUUUAUUGAAAGGAAACUGUAAAUAAUGUUGUUAUGUAAUAGUAAUGUUGCAAAAAAAAUGUUGACAGCAACAUGAAAGUGGUGUGAUUCUCAGCCAUGCAUCAUGACAUUUUCAUAACACAUGUGAUAAAGAGCCAGCAAUAAUUUCAACAGAAAUUGUUUUUAGUGGUUUCACUGACAUUAAAAAUAGUAUAUAGGAAAUACUUGUUUGUCACGUCAUAACAGUGUUGUUCCAGUUUUGAGAGAAAUUGCAUUCAAGGGACAGACAGCUAGAGAAGCAAAUCUAAGUCAAAGACACGGCCAUAUAAACAAGCAAAAGAUAGCAGUUAUUCAAUAUCAUGAAUUAGAAAAUAUGAAAUAAAUCAUAUGAUUCAACAUUUAUAUUACCUUACUGCUUUGAUUACUGUCAUCAAAGCAACAACAAAUCAGGCAAUUUUAUUUUCUGCUGUAUGGAGAUUAUUCAACAAGUUUUCUCUUGCUGAAGUAGCUGGUAAUUGAAAUUGUGAAUUUUGGCCUGCCAGUGUCAAAAUACUCACUUUGGCAAGCUAUUCUCUCGUUAAACCCUGUGGAAUGUUGAAGUGCGUGAUUGAGGUAUGACAGGGGCAUGUUGAAGGAUGGGCAGAGGAUGGACCGAAACAUUGCACCAUGAGCUGUACAUGUGCUGCAUAUAUACAUCUAAAUACCCUCAUAUAUUUUCAUAACUUAGCAGGUACUCAAUUUGAAGUGGAUACUAAAAGAUGAAUUAAUUUGCAUCAGUGAUACCCUUAUGAAUGGAUGGAUAAAUAAAAAAUUGUCGAAAGGAAAAACAACAUUUUUUGCAUAUUUUUACGUAUCUAGGUAGUUAAAAUUCACUCUGUGAAAUGUAUCAGGCACGGAUUCAUUAGAAUGAUUUCCUCUAUUUUUAUAACAGAAGGCAUUUUCCUGAGUUGCUUGACCAAUUUCAUAGCUGCAGUAGUGUUAAAGUUUCAUAUAUCUACUGUACAUAAGAUGAUUUCUGUUAUGAUUCUCACAAGUUCUGUUUUUGAUCAGUGUUAUGUUUAGCAUCACACUGUCAUGUUGUUUGGAUAGAAUUAUAAUGUGAUAGAACCAUUUCCAUUUUUCCAAAUGAUAGUUAUAUUUCCUAUUAGUGUCGUGCUUCUCUUACUUGUUGUGUUCCUUUGCUGGUCGUCUACAGGACUUACUUUUGUAUGUAACUUUUUUACUUGCAACUUACAAAAAUCCCCGCAACCAAAUCUUUGGAGGUCACGGGCUUGUGAAAUUGUCAACAAAAUAUGAUAUUUCAAAAUUAGAGUAGAACCAAUGUUUUAUUGAUUUGACACAUCCACAGAGCAUAAAAUCAGACAGCCAAAUACGGUUGUACUUGUGUAUUUUACUCUUUGAGCUUUCUUUUAUUUGAUGAUAUAGCAUGAAACACAAGUUGAUAGCAAGUCUUUUCAUAUAUCAAAGCUGGAGCAUAAAGCGAUUGCCAUUAGCCAGUAGGGUAGGCAAUGUCAGUUUCUAUUUUUGUAUUUAGUUUUUCAUGAAUUUCUCUUUUGUUCAAAAGCCAAUUCAACACAGUUUUCUGGAAUUGCAUUUCACGUGAUCUCCUUCAGGUUUCAAAGAUUAGUAUCUAAACUCGUGCGGAUGAGUUGAAAAUAAGCCAAUAAUUCAGCGGCCUCGUGGAAAAAGGGUGUAGGUGAUGAUAGUUCCUUGAAGUCCAACUUGCUCCCCAUGAGCUCUAUUUUGAGACAAUUAUGUAACAAACUAAGUUUUGGCCUGUUUUGGCCAAUAAAACUUCAGUGAAUUCAAGUUCUGUAGGUUACUACUUUUUCUAGAACUCAGGAACAACUGGCACAGAUGACGGAAUAACAAUUGAUUAGUUUUGUUUUAGUGGAGAUAAUAAACCACAAAGUCAAUUAAUAAUGCUUUGCUUGAACUAAUCCAUUUUACAUGCUAUAUGAUAACCAGACUUUGUGUUAGAAUACAACUUUUUAGGAACAGUUUGGAUAUUGGGUCGAAAUCAAGAAUUAAACCAACAUUAUUUUUACAGAACCCUUAAGUUGUCGUAACAUUAAUAUCCAUGUAUAUCGUAGCAUUAAGCAUUUUACAUGCUAUAUGAUAACCAGACUUUGUGUUAGAAUACAACUUUUUAGGAACAGUUUGGAUAUUGGGUCGAAAUCAAGAAUUAAACCAACAUUAUUUUUACAGAACCCUCAAGUUGUCGUAACAUUAAUAUCCAUGUAUAUCGUAGCAUUAAGCCCAUAUUUUGGCCAUCAUCUGGAAUUUCAAGGUGCGGACACAUCAGGAUGUGAUCACGUAACAAAUCAUAGACACCUUUGGAGGGGUGUGUAAAGUACUGCAACGAGUCCGAGAUCAACAACUGGUCACGAGCUGGAGCCGAUUUUCUGUCCGAUUUUUACUGUCGUUCUUUCUUUGGGAAUUUUCAUGUUUUCAUUUAAUUUCUGGGUUUUUAUGGUUACAGCCAUUCUAGAACUGUACACCUAUAUGCCCUCCUUUAGUUGUUUAAAGGGGCUGCGUCAUAAAGAUUUAGCACCACUUGAUAUUCCAACAAAGUUGUUUUAAUCGAUCACCGUCUUCAUGGCAGUGUUUACCAUUGUGAGCAGACUAAUUCAGGUGGCAUGCAUGACCAGCCUGGGUCGCGUGUCCCUGAAGCAAGCCUCAUUUGAGAUUUUUGGCUGUAAAUAUGUACAGUCGAACCCCGCUAUUUCGAAGUCCCAAUGGAAAUGAAAAAAGUUCGAAAUAGCGGGGCUUCGAAAUAACCGGGGAAGAGUAAAGGGGAAGGGUAAAUCCAAGGGCAUUCGAUCUUCCUUCGAAAUAGCGGGGACUUCGAAUUAACCGAGUUCGAAAUAGCGAGGUUCGACUGUAUGUAUAUCACCAAAUUUGCCUCAAUUUCAUGUCCCUCGAAUCCAAGCCGUUUUGUUUCAACCAGUUGAUUCAGAAUUACACUCCAAAGGGAAAAGUAAAUGCUGUAUCCUCUAGAACACUUUACUGUUGAUAAAACUUAAGGUGGAGAAAUACUGUUUCGUGUAGAAAGCCACAUUUUUGCAAGCAAAGGAUGUGAAUGGAAGUUAAGGUAAAAAAUUCUUGUGAAUUGAAGGGAUAUGUUUCUCAUAAUAUUUGAAGCAAUUCCUGGAACUCUGUGGUAAAUAAAUUCAGUCUUUUGGCCAAAUUUGUAUUUAGCCAGGCUUUGUUGUAUUUAUUAAAGCUUAAUUGAUAAAUUGCUUUAGUUGAGCUUUUCUGGAACGUUUAACAAGGUUUGUUGUCCCCUUGGUAGUGAAAUGUUUUUACAUGCAGAAGCGAAGAUUGAAAAUGAUUUGAUGCGCUCGUGAGGUGUAAUGAACCAGUUUAAUAUUGAACUUGAUUGGAAUUUCACUCAUUCACUCCCUCUAUCACUGGCGUGCUCUAAACCUUAUCGUGGACAGGUUUCAGUCAAAUAAUACGCUGAUUUAUUCUCACAGACUUUUAUACAAUUGUAUCUUGAUACACACACUUUGUUUCACCUACGGUAUGUGUCGCAUUGCAUUACUUGCAUGGUUGUUUGUCACUGGUAGUGUCAAAAAUCAAAAUGAAUUGCAAACUAUUUGAAAUGUCAUGCUUUGCUCGCGGCACUUCACUUUCCAUUGGAAACUACUAGUUUUUUAGAUGUAGGGGCGGAGCUAGGAAGUGUAGUUACUGGGGGCCCAACUUGUUCGCACUGUUGAAUAAAACAAUUAAUGUGGCUAAAUGUAAUUUGGGCAAAGUUAGCCUUGAUGCAAUGCUGGCCAGCAGUUUUCUUAGCAAUACUGGGGUGGCCCGAUGCCUUUAGCGAGGGCACCUCAUGGCUUGUAUUUGCAGUUGCUUGCCUGCAGUUCUUUGCAAAGUGUAUUUUGCUGGAGCCUCGCCUUGGUUGCCAUUUUUGUGCAGUGUUUUUUUCCCAGCUCUCCCUUCCCAUUUUAGUUUUGUGCCAUUUAAGUAUUUGGUCUUUAAGUAUUCCACUCAACAGUUCAGUGUGACGGUGCCUUGUGGGCGUCGCUCGUUGGGUUGCCAUGGAUACCUCCUUCCUUGUGCUAGAGCAUUGCUCAGCUCCACCAACUUUGUAGGCACCAGUGCCCAAGCUCAUCUAUUGGUGAUGAGUUUAAUCUUCCUUCCAUGUUUUUUACGUGUUACUUUCUGUUUGGUAUACUCUUGCUGGUGGUUCUGUUGGUCGCCUGCUUAGCGUUUGAAAGAUGACAAAUCAUCAUUGUAGUUAUCAUAACCUGUGUAUGGUGCUUCUUGCAGCUGUUCAGAAUGAGAGAGACACUAUCUCAAAACGGCCACGUGGAGAGGAGACUGAAAACAAGCAUGGCUUGACGACCAGUGUAUUGUUAUCAGCUGAGAUUCUUUCACGUCCUGCAACUUCACCUCCAGGUAAAUUGUACUGUACAACUCAUUUAGCUUAGUUUCAACGACAUUUUGAACAUUAUUUUUGCAAGCCCAAGGUCCACCUUGGGUGUUGACAACAACAACCUGGAUAUCCUAAGGAUCAGCUUGUGAAGAAUUUAUGAUUGAUUAUUGCAGGAAAAAAAUUAGAGUACUACAUAAUAUUUCUGGUGACAGCGAUAUUUUAUUCUUUUUAUAAACCAAUGCAGAAAGCAUUUCUUUGGAGAAAGAGGCAAGUUACGGUGACAUUGUAGAAUCAAUGCGGCAACAACUUCUGGUAUUAGUAGAGUGGGCAAAACACAUCCCUGCAUUCUGUGAACUGUUGCUUGAUGAUCAAGUAGCUUUACUGCGAGCACAUGCCUCUGAGAACUUAUUACUGGGUGUUUCAAGACGUUCGUUAAAUUUAAAGGAUGUUUUAUUACUUGGAAAUGAUCUUGUAUUGCCACGGACAGCUGGAGAUCCUGAAAUGCGGAGAAUUGUAAAUCGUAUAUUUGAUGAACUUGUUGAACCCAUGAAAGAGUGGAAUGUCGAUGACACAGAAUAUGCUUGUUUGAAGGCAAUUGUGUUCUUUAAUCCUGGUAAGUUGUUUAAGAAUUUAAGUUUAAUUACUUACAUUAAGCCCUGUAGUCAAGAGUAAAAAUGAGUAAUUAGGAGCUGAUUCAAGUACUUCCACAAUCUUGGCGAGAAUCCAUUACCCACAUUUGGGGAUAAGAAUGUUUAACUACUUAAGAGUAACAGACAACCCGGCCCUGUUAACAAGGGGACUUAAUCCUGGAGUCAAUAUGGAGCGACAAAAUGAUCACUACUGAGCAGCACAAAGCAACGCAAGUAUCUUGUUAACUUUUUUUAUUUUUCCAACUGGUUUUGUCUAAUCACACAGACUUCAUCGGGAUGUGUAACAAGAUAGAGCUAAGGAACUAUCUUGUUAUACUCCCUGAUGAAGUCUGUGUGAUCAGACAAAACCCGUCGGAGAAAUGUGACCUUCUCCAGGAAAAUGUAUACCAACACUUUUCAGUUAAACGGGCAAAAACUAACAGCUGAUGAACGGCUUUUCAAAGCAUUUUAAUGGUUUGAUUAAUGCUCUUAACGGGUGAGCUAAAAUUUCUAACAGCUUUGGAAAGUGUUCGAACUGGUUGCCUUGAUUUUCUGAAUGGUUUUCUUAACGGGUUGACUAAACGACAUGAACGGCUCACAUGAUCAAAGUUUUCAACAAUUGUUGUUUGGAUUCUUCUCUGCUAUCAAUUUUGCCUCAUUUCUUCAUCUUAUUAUGUUUGAAAUGUUCACAGAAAUUGCCUUUCAAUCAAAACAAACCGCAGCGGUUGUAUUCAUCCUUGCUUAGUAACCAGGCAAGUGUUUCGAAGCAUGAAAUGUUUUUCACAGGCCAUAGGGUAUUUUCUUACUAAUCCAAACAUUCUCUCUGUUGUAGAUGCGAAAGGUCUUACUGAUGCCCAAAAGAUCAAGGCAUUAAGAUUUGAGGUACAGACUAUGCUAGAGGAUUACAUUGCCAAGGACCAGUAUGAGAGCCGUGGCAAGUUUGGAGAACUACUUCUUAUGCUUCCCACCAUGCAAAGCAUAGCGAAAGAGAUGAUAGAUCAGGUUCAGUUUCACAGACUCUUUGGUGUGGUUAAAGUUGAUAACCUUCUUCAGGAGAUGAUUUUAGGAGGUUGGUGAUGCAUUUGGUCAAACAGAGUCUAAGGGAUGUGGUCCCACUAAGAUUGUGAAUUUUCACUCGCCUAGGGUGCAUCACUGUUAUAGGGUCCAGGGCUGUCAUGAAGUUUUGAAGCAGUUGUAGCAAAUAACAGCUCACAAAAAUUUAGUGUCAUCUUUAGCUUUUCACUUUGAUCACCAGUAACAUCAAGUGAGCUCAGCCGUAACAGUUCUGCAGGACUAUUAAUUACCACUAAUACAAAACACAAAGCAGAGUAGAGUACAAUGUAGUUAAUCAUAAGUCCAAAGCUUUAACCGUUAAUAUUAAAAUACGAGUUCUCCUUUCUUGUCCCAUACCUUUCCUUUAGAAAUGGUGGGGGAAAUUAUUUUGUUUAAAUAUCACAAGAAGUAAUCCUUGGUGAUCAUAGACUUAAUUCUCAUAAGUUCCUGAAUGGUUAGGCAUUGGCAUUACAAAGAGAAAUUUGGUAAUGAUCACAUGAGAGCUUAAAGGGUUCAACAAAAAUAUGUUUUUCAGAUGGUCCAGAUUAAGUAAUAUGGCGAACUUGUAUAUUUUCAGGUCAUUGUUGUGUCCUUUUAGGUUUAAUUAGUAUACUUUCUUCACUGUAGCAAUUUGUAGGCAGGUCAUCAUGACAGAGUGUAAUAGAUGCCAUUUUUCUGUCUUGGAGUAACAGUUUCCAUAGCCAAUAGCGUCAAGCAAAAUAAUGAGAAUCUCUUAACUUAGUAACACAUUAACUUGAAAAUGAUAUAGUAACAUAUCUGGGUCAGGUGAAUCAGUUUUAUCUGACUCUAGCCAUCAAAGGGCAUUUGGAUGUAACAAUGUCUGUACUGUGUUGAUAGAGUAUGGAUGAGCUGUAUUCUAAAAGUCCCAGUCUAAACAUGAUUAUCCAUUCAAGCUUGACCUGCCUAGAACCAGCCUGUAAAUACAGCUGUCUUUUGCUGCUCCUCACCACUGGGGAUGUUUCACGGGAGAGACGUUUGUAACGGGAUGACAGAAAUGCCAUACUGAUGAUAUUAAUCUGUCCAUAGCCCUUAUUGGUCUAAAAGGUCAAAUUUAAAUGUGAUGAAUCUACUGCAAAACAGUCAAUCUACUUGCAACAUUGAUUUUUGCGGCCAUUCAUUUGCAUUAGAAUUUUGGCACCCUGUGAUGACCAGAUUAAUAGACCCUCCCACCUUUUUUUUCAACUUUUGACAAGGACAAUUUAGGGAAAAUCUGUCAAAACUGCUUGAGAGAGCACCUUUAAAUUAGUAAAAUUGCUUAGUUUGAUAGUGAAUGGUUGAAAACUAACUGAGAUAUACUCCUCAAAGUUGCGAAAGUUUACAGAUGUUUGUAUGGUGUUGGGCACAAACUUGCUCCCCACCAUGCAAAUGUCUGUAAGUUUUAAGUUUUUUCAUCUUUACGGAGCUAUGUCUUUGCUCACAUAAGAUGUAUCACUUUCAAACUUGGCAAUUGUACUAAUUUCCAGUGGUGUUGACAGAUUUUAAAAGGGUCUAUUAUGUAAAAAAUGGACUUACAUUCAUCAGUAUGGCAUUUUUGUCGUUCUGGCGCAGACAUCUCUCCCUCGAAAUGUCCCUGGUGGCUAGGAGUGAUGAGAGGUGGCUGUAUUUGCAGGCUAGCCUAGAACAUCCAUAAAUCUAAGCUUUCUUAACCCUUGAUUGAAAUGACAUGACAGAACACCUCAAGAUGAGGCCUUGAAAGAGAUAUCAACAACUCUGGUUUCCCAAGGAAGCAGCUGGGAAGACUGGCUGAGAUGGAGAGUGAUGGUGUUAAUGGCCCACGCUCCAGCAACAGCUAUAGUCCAGAGUGUUUAAAACAGUACUUUUAUGCAUUUUUACAGGAACCAAUAUUGCAGAGCAGCUAGAUGCAGCAAAUGUGGUACAGAUGGCCUGUCCGCCUCCCACAUCUCCAGUAGGUACUCUCCCCCCUGCAAACCAUGACAUGUACAACCAAAGUAUGGUACCUCCAGUUAAUGUGCCUGGAUCUGUUGCUUCAGUGCCAAUGCAGUCAGUUGCCAUGCUUCAAGACAGAAAAUUUGUCUCGGCACCGUCAACCUCUCUCCCUGGGGGCGUCAUUCCAAAGACAGAGAGAUUUGACUCAUGACAGUUAAUUGAACUUUAGUGCAUGCUUAGGUGGGGUGCGCAGUGUGUUUAAAAGGAGUCUGCUAAAUGAAAUAAGAAGCCACUUUCCUGUGGUUUGAGUUUUUUACUGGUGCUUAACAUGUAAGGCAAGGGUAACAGCCUUAAAUGUGAUGGGACUGAAGAAUAUAGCUUGUCCACUUGUAGAUGAAUUACUACAAAAGCGUGCUCAGUAAACUUAAGCAAUGGAUGCAUUAAUGAAAAUGAAGGGGCAGCUUAAAGAAUAGCUUCAUGAUCAACAUACUAAUACAACUUAGUAAGAUUCGUUAUAGAAUAAUAAUUACCAGGGCUAUAAUUUUGUAUCUGUCCACUGAGCUAGAAAGCAAUGGUUAAAGUAAGUUUCAAGGUUCUGUACGGUUUUUUUACAGUACCCAUCUGGUUAUUAUCUUCCCUUCAGUUUGACUGAGGACAUUAGUUUAAAUGCAGAUGCAUUUUCCACAGUUGCUCCUCGCGAGCAACAGUACAUGUAGUAGCCAGAUAUGUUUCUUUGCAGUAGUCUAAAGGACUGUUAACAGUGGUCAUAUUGUCCAUUUAUUGUUCAGUCAUGUAAUGCUAAGGUGUGACUGUAGGGUACAAUUUAUGUUUUAGGUCAAGGAAUCUCAAUUUUUGUAAGCAACACCCUUUAGUGUGGUAAGAAAAUUGAAAUACUUAGAGCUUUAAGAAAUAAAUAAUAGUUCUCUUUUUCUGAGCGAGCAAGAAGAGCAUGCUAGAAGACUGUGUAGAUCACCCCACCAUAAAGACAAAAAUCAUUUUUUCGAAGAUUUGCUUACAUUUAACACCAUUGUACCUGAAGUUGCAACUGCUGGUUUCCAUUUGAGUAAGAAUUAAUAGUGAAUGGUAGUCCCCAAAUCACAGCAAACAAUAAUAAAAUUAUUUAUCCAAACAGUCAAAAUAAUUUAUGGCACUCCAUGGUGUGACUAGCCGUGACUGUCAAUUACAUUAUUUUUGUACGGUAGCAUCAUGGACACGUACUCAGUAAAUUUUUGCAGCCUAGUCGCGGGUGAUCUCAGUGUGUUAAUCCUGGACCAUGCACCAUGAGCAUCAUGAACUGGAAUAAUGAGGCUGAAGAGAGUGCCUUGAAGCUAGGCUGAAAGUUUUGGCUUCUGAAAAAGUGCAAUCUUGGCUAUUGUCUGUGAUUAUCAACAUGGAAAACCAUCUUUUGCAAUAAUAUUUGUGGGCUCUUUCUUUCACAGUCUUGUUACUGUGAUUAAUUUAUAGAUCUAGAAUUAAGCAAUGAGAACAAAUCACAUGCAUAUACGUGUAACGGUUUGAAAUACUGUUUUUCUUAUUGGUCAUUCAAAAGUUAUUCAGAAAUUCAUUCCUGAACAGUUUUACUAGUUGUAGAAAUAGUACCUGCCAACUUUUUCCAAAUCGGAGGUCUGAGCUUUUUAACCCAAGUUUUCCAGGAUUUCAGAAGAGAAUCUUUAACAUUAAACAUUCAGACACCCAAAGUUUGAGGAGUUUCUAUUAUGGUUUUUUUGAGACUGUGAGUCCAGCCUUUUUCCUUGUGAGCCCCAAAUUUUUGUAACUUUUUAAACUGCAAGUCCAAGACUUUUAAUUAAUUAACAGACUCUUACACUUCUGAAAUAAGCUUAAGUCUUUCAGAUUUCUUCUGAAGCUGUCAAUAUAAGCUUAUCGUGGCCUCCAAAAAAUUCAGAAUAGGCUUCUUUCUCAAUCUUAAAAUUAGGAAAUUGUAAAGAAGCAUCUGUCCUAUUAUGUAAACAAACAUCGGAUCAAAAGCAAAUCGUGACCCCGAAAUGUGAAGGUGACUCUGGGAAGAAUUGAGACUGAAUUUGGUGAAAAACUAAGAUAUCAAGACCCUUCAAAUCAGCCAAAAUUUCGUGAGGCUGUUCCUAGAGAGACCAUUCACCUUUCCAAGUGUUCAAAAGACAAACAUACGCUUUUUGACAAGGUUCUAGAUAUAAUUUUUAUGUUUUGAACAGCAAUCACAAGUCAAUGGUCAUAAUUUUCAGCAAACUGUUAAAACUCAUGCUAACUGUUAAAUCUGUGGACGAAAUUCUGUGGUGUUGCAAUGCAAAAGAAAUCUUUUUGGCAGAACUUUUGAGCUUGGGAUUUUACAUAUUUUAUUUUUUAAAUAUAUUUAAAAAGAAAUUGGAUCUUUUUGGUGAAGUUUUCGUUUAGUCAUUAAUAUAGCCUAGCCUGCCUGAGGUGUGAGAGUUGGCAGGUACAAGAUACAAAAUACAAGUCAUUCAUAUGUGACUAAUAAAACUUUGAUCUGGUCAGGAGAUUUAUAAAGAUCCUUAUAUUUUGGUAUUGGUAGAAUUAAGGCAUUAUAGGAUGCAACUCGUUCAGGUAGGCAAGAUACAAUUAUAGCUGUUUUAAAAUUGUUCAGCUAGCUGAUCUAUUAGGAGUUGCUUUACAUACCGUUCAGGCUGUAAUUGCACACAUACAGCUGCAAAUCUUUGAGGUUGUGAAGCUAAAUGAUAAAAGGGAUAUUUUGUUUAAACUGUGCAUACAUGUACUGUAAUGUGUUAGUGUUUCAUGUAGGUCUAAUAGAGUUGUGAUUAAUGUGAGACAUGCAAGGUCAUGCAGGUUUUUGGCAAAUAUUAUGUCAAAUAUGGCAAUUAUUGUUUAAAGCAUCCUUCCCAACAGUAAUGUUGUAUACCUUUAGUUGUUGUCUAGUUAGUAACUGGCUUGCAAUUUUCCAGUGCAACGAACGCUUCCACUUUUUCUGUCAUUGUGUGACCGGAUGAAAUAUUUUUGUUAUGAUACAUAUUUGUACUCACCAUCUGUCUUCUCAUUGGCCAGUACUGGAGCCUACAGUUAAUUUGAAAAUCAGUCCAGCUUACACGAUCAGUUAGUUAUCUGCGAGCAGAUUACUGACUGAUCGUUAAGUUGUAGUGCCAUGCAUGAUUUCCAAGAGCAAUGUCGAAUUGGUGUCCUUAUUUUCUUAAAAACAAUGUAUAACUAAACAAAUGAUUUGAUUUGGUAUUUGUGAUAUCCAGAAUAAUGAAGGUCAAAGUGUUAUCAACCUGAGCUGAUAACGCUUAAGAGACCUUGAUUAUUUUAGAUAUCACUAUAACUGAAUCUAUUAAUUGUUUAUUAUCAGUCACCUUCCAAUCUUGCUUUUAGUUUUUGUCCCCUUCAAUCAUUUUGAACUUUCCCAGCUGCUUAGUAAUUGAUACUGAUUUACCCUUCAUCUUCCAUGAUCACAAAAACAAUAGUAAUAUUAUUGUGAAUAUUUGACGAAAUGGCCCCAAACUGCAUGACCUUGCAGCGAUUAGUUUAGAUCUUAUUAACCGCAGUUAACUCCCGUGGUUACGUAAGUCUACGUGAGUGUGUAAAAAAGGUCUUGGUGGCGGUCUUUUCAAUCAUUGUGCUACCAGUUGUACAUAGGAAACCAAUAAAAACUUAUUUGGA